UAACGCUCCUCCAUAUUGACUAGCAGCUGGUAUCUUCUGGUACAUCGAGCCUAACUUUUCACAAAUAAAAAUGGGUGAUCAGCCAUCUUACGUCGCUUUCUUCGGAGUCAUGGGGGCAACCUCAGCGAUGGUAUUUAGUGCUCUCGGAGCAGCUUACGGGACAGCCAAAAGUGGAACAGGAAUUGCUGCUAUGAGCGUGAUGCGACCAGAGUUAAUCAUGAAGUCUAUAAUUCCAGUAGUUAUGGCGGGUAUCAUUGCUAUCUACGGACUCGUUGUCGCCGUUCUUGUUGGCAAUGGAAUUGGUAAGGAUUACACUCUGUACAAGUAAGUAGUGAUUGAUUUCUCUUUUCCAGUGUUUAACAUGAUUAGUGUUAUUUUUUGGAUACUGGUAAUUGGCAUACAUGUAGUAGCACUAUAGAUACAUCUACAUGUACUUCUUGUUUUCCACUGGUUGUUAAUAUGAAGAAACAGCUUAAAAAUAAAGGAUGUUUGUUUAUACUUCGGUGAGAUUUUAUGGAAGGUAAUAGUGUAAUGAAAUCAUCACUGUUCUGUGUUCAGUUACAGUUGCGUGAAUCACUCUUCUUAAAAUGUUAUGAAAGUAUUGUUGGCAACAAUAAGAUACAUGCCAACACCUUUUACUACUCUGUAGAGCACAAUGUUUAGAAGCCACUAUUUCAGUUUUUUGCCUAGAAUUUUCAUUGUACAUUGCAUUUAUUGCAGGGCUCGAAAUUAACUUUUUCGUUCGGGAGCCAGCUGGCGACUAACGGAAA